AUGCUAAUAUCCUCCUGUUGCCUAGGUAACUAUUAUGGAACACCCAAGCCACCGAGCCAGCCCCCUAGUGGGAAAGUGAUUACUAGUGAUGCUUUGCAAGACAGCCUCCCGGGCUCCCAGCACUCCACUCCCCGACGCACCAAGUCCUACAAUGAGAUGCAAAAUGCUGGAAUAGUGCCUGUAGACCUGGAGGAGGACGAGGAACUCCCGGAGAUGAACAGUAGUUUAACAGGAGACUCAAGUGAACCCGACGAGCACCCCUCCGUGCUCCCCUACGCCCUACGUGAGAACGCCCCGUCCUACGAUGGCCUACACCGAGAACGGAGAGGUCUACUUAUAGACCACAACACAAAGACCACAUCCUGGAUCGACCCCCGGUGCCUCAACAAACCUCCUAAACCCCUGGAAGAAAGUGAAGACGACGAAGGGGUACACACAGAAGAGAUGGACAGUGAGCUAGAGCUGCCAACAGGCUGGGAGAAAAUAGAGGACCCAGUCUACGGGCUUUACUAUGUGGAUCACAUCAACAGGAAGACCCAGUAUGAGAACCCUAUACAGGAAGCUAAGCGACGGAAGCAGCUCGAGCAACAGCAGCCACCAGAAGGUGAGCGCUACAUCCGAGAAUGGAUAGAGGAUGCUACCAUGGCUGGUGCCCCCCUGGCCAGCUAUACCGCCAACCACCAGGAGACCUACAGAGACACCCAAGCCAGACCCCCACUGCCGCCCCUCAUCGGGCCAAAACGAGGGAAGCCCUUCUUCACGCGGAACCCGGCGGAGCUGAAGGGAACCUUUAUCAACACCAAACUAAGGAAGAGCCACCGAGGGUUCGGCUUCACCGUCGUCGGGGGCGACGAGCCUGAUGAGUUCCUACAGAUCAAGAGUCUGGUUCUGGACGGACCUGCUGCCAUCGACGGCAAGAUGGAGACAGGUGACGUGAUCGUGAGUGUCAAUGACACGUGCGUGCUGGGCUACACCCACGCUCAGGUGGUGAAGGUCUUCCAGUCCAUCCAGAUCGGCUCCAUCGUCAACCUGGAGCUGUGCCGCGGCUACCCCCUGCCCUUUGACCCAGACGACCCCAACACUAGCCUGGUGACCUCCGUGGCCAUCGUGGACAAGGAGCCUAUCAUCAUCAACGGCCAGGAGAGCUAUGACUCUCCGUCCAGCCAUGGCAGCCAGACCGGAGGCCCCGUUAAUGGGAUGAGAGAGUCAGGACCCCACAGCCCCUCCUCUGCCGAGGUGGCGUCCAACGGCUCGCACAGUUACCCCAGCGACUCUGUGACGCUGGCGUCGUCCAUAGCGACGCAGCCGGAGCUGAUCACAGUGCACAUGGAGAAGGGAGACAAAGGCUUUGGGUUCACCAUCGCAGACAGCCCUGCAGGGGGAGGACAGAGGGUCAAACAGAUCGUAGACUACCCCCGCUGCAGGGGCCUGAAGGAGGGGGACAUUAUUGUGGAGGUGAACAAGAGGAACGUCCAGAGCAUGAGCCACAACCAGGUGGUGGACCUGCUCAGCAAGUGCCCCAAAGGAAGUGAGGUCACCAUGCUGGUGCAGAGAGGUGGAGGGGUGGCUCCUGCAAAGAAGAGCCCAAAGCUGCAGUUAGCGAGGAAGGACAGUCAGAACAGUUCUGUGCACAGUGUGUCCAGCCACCGGAGUACCCACACUGACUCCCCUGUGCACCCAUCCCUGGCCACCCCAUUCAGCGAGAGCGCCGCCCCCCCACCCCCCUCCCAGCCCCUGCCCGGCCUGCCUCCCCAGGACGCUCAGGCAGACGGGACCAUCCAGAGGAAACCGGACCCCUUCAAGAUCUGGGCCCAGUCCAGGAGCAUGUAUGAAAGUAGGCUGCCUGACUUCCAGGAGCAGGACAUCUUCCUGUGGAGAAAGGACACGGGCUACGGGUUCCGGAUCUUGGGAGGGAACGAGCCAGGAGAGCCUAUCUACAUAGGGCACAUAGUGAAGUACGGGGCGGCGGAUGAGGACGGGCGCCUGCGUUCGGGGGAUGAGCUCAUCUGUGUGGACGGCACGGCGGUGGUGGGGAAGUCUCACCAGCUGGUGGUACAGCUGAUGCAGCAGGCUGCCAAGCAGGGCCACGUCAACCUCACCGUGCGACGGAAGACCGGCUACGGCGGGUCUAAAGGGGAGGGCGAGGUGCCCCCGUCCCCAGCCUCGUCCCACCACAGCAGCACACAGGCCCCCUCCCUGACAGAGGAGAAGCGGACCCCCCAGGGCAGCCAGAACUCCCUCAACACGGUCAGCUCCGGCAGUGGCUCCACCAGUGGCAUCGGCAGCGGAGGGGGCGGGGGGGGCUCGGGUAGCACCGUGGUCAACACUGCCCUGCAGCCCUACGAUGUGGAGAUCCGCCGCGGAGAGAACGAGGGCUUCGGAUUUGUGAUUGUCUCUUCUGUGUCCCGACCCGAGUCUGGCACCACCUUUGCUGGAAAUGCAUGUGUGGCCAUGCCCCACAAAAUAGGUCGUAUUAUUGAGGGGAGCCCUGCGGACCGCUGUGGGAAGCUGAAGGUGGGAGACCGUAUCCUGGCCGUCAACGGCUGCUCCAUCACCAACAAGUCCCACUCGGACAUCGUCAACCUGAUCAAGGAGGCCGGGAACACGGUCACGCUGAGGAUCAUUCCUGGAGACGAGUCCUCUAAUGCAUCACUGCUGACCAACGCUGAGAAGAUCGCCACUAUAACAACUACUCACACAGCUCAACAACAGGCUACACCUGAGCCCAGAAACAACACCAAACCAAAACAGGAGUCCUCUUUUGAGUUCAAAUCCCCCCAGGCCCCUCCUCCCCCUGCCCCAACAACACAACCUCCAGCCCAGGAUGCUGGCUUCUACUCGGUGGACCUGGAGAGAGAGAACAAAGGUUUUGGGUUCAGCCUGAGAGGAGGUCAUGAGUACAACAUGGACCUGUAUGUGCUGAGAUUAGCCGAGGAUGGAGCAGCUGUACGCAAUGGCAAGAUGAAGGUGGGAGAUGAGAUCUUGGAGAUAAACGGUGAGAGCACCAAGGGCAUGAAGCACGCCCGCGCCAUCGAACUGAUUAAAAACGGCGGUCGCCGCGCCCGCCUAGUCCUCAAACGGGGCGACGGCUCGGUGCCUGAAUAUGACCCCAGCAUCGACGGUGCCGGCACAGCCGCAGGGGUACAAAACGCUUCGGAAGUGAGCCCCCUGCCCUACAACAACGCACCAUCGGACACCAACGCACCAGUCCCUCACAAACCAUCACGGAGCAAGAACAAGAAGGGCCACCACCAUUCCAAACACCGAUCCCCGGAAAAGAAGAGCCAGGGAGGGGCGUCUGGGGAGACAAGGGCCUCCAAGCAGUCCAAGAAAAAAGUUGACAAGAGCCAGAGGUCUGGCGGGGAUACCCACGGCACUCACCACCGAGGACACCACUCCCCGAAUAAGGGCCGUAGCCGGGCCCGCAGCGCAGAGAACACCCUAGACAGUAGACACAGCCAAGGGCACCACAACACCCACCGCUCUCCCUACAGGUCCACUCACCGCAAUCGGUCCCCCUAUGGCCACCGGUCCCCCUACCGCUCCCCCCACCGCUCACACCACCACUCCCCCACCCGCUACCGCCGUACCCAAUCCUCAGACCCCUACUGGCAGCCCUCCCUAGACAGACAGCGACACAGAGAGCCAGAGAGGCCCAACGGGGAGAAGGCACCAGUGCUGAGGAAGCCUCCUGGCCCUGUGCCCAGCCCCUUCCUGGAUGAGAGCCUCCUACAGGAGCCCCCAGCCCUGGACCGGCUCAACAGGGAGGUCACGCGACUGAGGGAGUCCAGAGAGGAGCACCUGUUUGGGGAGGACAGCCUUCUGCUGAGGGCCUCCAACCUGGAGCGUGACUACAGAGGAGACAGCCUGUUAUCUGCUACUGCCCGUGGCCAGAGAGGGGAGAUCCUUCCCAGGGUCCACACCCCUGAGUCAGACAGCGCCUACAAGAGGUACAGCUCACUGCUGAGGGGCCGCUCGCCUGAGAGGGUGGAGAGAGAGCCGCGCUCCCCAGACCCCCACCAUAGAGCCCGUAGCCUGGGCCGAGACAUUUCACCUGUCGGAAGCUUCAGAGAACCGGAGGAGGAGGAAGCGGCAGCACCCAGACUGAAGGAGUAUUACAGCACACUUAAGUCUAAUGCCAGCCGUGCUUCCAAAGCUCUCCCGGAGCCCAAGCGGAAGGCCCAUAAAGAUGGCACCAAAGACCUGAGCAUCUGAUGGGUCAUCUGCUAUAACACAACCAGCCUCCCUUCCAACUCCCCACAGCAACACAGUUCCCCCUCACCACUCAGCUCUACUCUUCACACAGCAGAACACACCUGGACCUUGGAUGAACCAAAUGUAUUGAUUAUAUGACAUUCCUGCUUUCCUACUAGACAGUGAUUCCAAAACCUAUCAACUUUUUCUGUUUGUUGGAUUUUUUGGGGGGUCGUUAGUUGGUUAAGCAUUGUAUAUUUAUCCGAAUUUUGCAGAAAAUGUAAAACUGAAAAAAACAAUGAUGUGCCUAACAGUUAUUUUAAUGAGUGUAUUUUUCUUUUGUCUUUGUUUGAUAUGAGAUGAGUGUUUUCUCAGCCGAAAGUGGUAUGUACUUUUCCACUGAGCCCAAGGAGGUAGGCAUUACACAGCCCCAGUGACUGGUGCCACUGACACAGAUGCUGUGCAUGUCUUUACGGUUUCAAUGUCUUCUCUUUUCUUUCUCUCCCCCAGUGCCACUGUUUUUAGACAUUUGACCAGACUAUAGCACAAGCCUGCAUUUGUUUGUAUAUUUUUGGACAGUGUGCAGUAUGUGUAAAUUCAGAGGUGAUCAUUUUAAACAAAUGAAGGGGAGAAUAAAGUUGAACUAUGAUGAUGAUGAUGAUGAUAAAAUUAAAAUAAUAUAUCAAACAUA